AUGGUCAGAUUCAAGGAUUCUUUUCAUCCUACCAGGGGUAUUAGGCAAGGAGACCCUUUAUCUCCGCUGUUAUUUGUUCUUUGUGCUCAAGGAUUUUCUCAUAUGAUAGAACAAGCUGUUCUGUACAAACAGAUUUCUGGUAUUCAGCUGACUAAACAAGGUCCAGUGCUUUCACACUUAUUAUUUGCUGAUGAUUCAAUUAUCUUCUCAAAGGCAGAUGUUCACACCAGUGGUCAACAGAUAAACUUUGGCAAGUCAGCAUUAUUUUUUAGUGCAAAUGUGACAAUUGAAAGGAGAAAUCAGAUUUCACAGCUUUUCAACAUACAACAUCAGAAUUCCCAUCAUAUGUAUUUAGGUACACCUACAUUUAUUGGAGCUUCUAAAACUCAAACUUUCAAUCAUAUAGUUCAUAAGAUUCAGCACAAACUUCAUGGUUGGAAAGAAAAGUAUCUGUCAAUAGGAGGUAAAGAAGUUCUAAUUAAGGCAAUAAUUACUGCUAUUCCAAUAUACACAAUGAUGUGUUUUAAAUUGCCUAAGUCUUUGUGUGCUAAAAUAAAUCAAUUAGUGGCUGUAUAUUGGUGGGGACAACAGGGAGAUGAACAUAAAAUCCAUUGGAUUGCUUGGUCUGCAUUUUGUCAAGGGAAAUGGCAGGGGGGAUUAGGCUUUAAGGAUUUGAAUUAUUGUAAUCAAAGUUUAUUGGCAAAACAAGUUUGGAGAUUGGUUCAAUCUCAACAAUCUCUCUUAUUUCAGGUUCUUAAGGCCAGGUAUUUUCCAAAAACUGAUAUAUUACAUGCUACAAUUGGUAAAGCACCAUCUUGGGGAUGGAGAAGCAUGAUACAUGGAUUAAGAUUAUUGCAACAAGGUUUACUUUGGCAGAUUAAUUCAGGAAAGCAAGUUCAGUGUUUUACAGAUCCUUGGGUACCUACGACUUAUCCUUUUCUUCCUCAAUUAAGAAAUUCAAAUUUUAUUAUUGACAACUCUGUCAAAGUAUCAGAUCUUUUCUAUCACCAAACUUCAAUCUGGGAUGUAAGAAAAGUAUAUACUCUAGUUCAACAACAGGAUGUUGAUCUCAUAGUUUCCAUGCCACUAUCUUUAUUUCAAGUACCUGAUAGGUUGAUUUGGAAGUAUACUGCCAAUGGAGAAUUCACUGUGAAAUCAGGUUAUCACUUAGCCUUACAAACUACUUGUUCUUCACAGCAUUUUCCUAUUCCUCACUUUACUGCUGCUCAUUGGAAAUUUUUGUGGAAUUUAAAUGUUCCUAAUAAGAUAAAGAUUUUCAUUUGGCGAGCAAUCAAAAAAGGGCUACCUUGUGGAACAGCUAUGCAACAUAGGUUGCAAAUUGACUGUGUGUGCAGCUAUUGUGGACAUGAGGAAACUGUGGAACAUAUUUUCUUUCAAUGCCCGCAGACUAUUCAAGUUUGGUAUCUAAGUCCUCUUUCAUUGAGAGUGGCAGAUUUACCACAGGUUCAAUUCUCUCAGAUCUGGUUAACUAUUGUUCAUCAACUUCAGCAAUUGGAUGCUUCAGGUCAAAGUAUGCAAUUAUUUUGUUUCCUGUUAUGGCAAAUCUGGAAAUCAAGAAAUCAAGCAAUUUUUGAGCAUCUUCAAAUUCAUCCAUUAGAAACAACUAUUCAGGCAGGGCAAGUUUGUCAAGAAUUCAUCACUUAUCAUAUUCCUUUAUACACAGGUCCUCCAAAGGGUAUUCCUGCUUUAAUACAUCAUAGAUUUCAGCUUCCACUUCCAGGUACUUUGAAACUUAAUUAUGAUGCAGCUUUAAAUAUCAAGUUUAAAUUUGGAACGAUGGGGGUGGUGGCUAUUGAUCACUUAGGUGUUAUUAGAGACAAAUUCUCAGCUUUUUUUCGACAUAUCUGGGAUCCUGAGACAUUAGAAUUUUUAGCACUCAGACAGGCUAUGCUAUGGGCAAUUUCAAAUGACUGGAAACAAGUGAUUUUUGAAGGGGAUGCCUUGCAAAUAUCUCAGACUCUUAACUUACAGUCUUCAUGCAAAUCUGAUGUUUGGGGUGUUUGUUUGGAUAUUUUGCAUCUCUGA